ACUUGGCGAGACGCAACAGAAACACUUAAAGCGGCUUUUACUCGUACUCAAUGUAACCAGGCCCUCAAUUCCAGUUCGGAGGCUGCGCCAAUCGUGAGUAUGAAAACACCAUACAUGUAAGACUUUGUUGUCGACAGGAAAUGUGACGGAGACGAAACAAUUGUUAUAGAGUACAGCGAGUAUGGGGCGAACGAUCGACCAGGAUGUACACGCCGCAUUUGUCGAGUUCAAGGCCAAAGAAGACGACAAAUGCAUGUCCGUUCAAUGCAUCUACUGCCAACAGAUUCGAGCAAAGAACACCUCGCGACAAAAGGAGCAUCUGCUGGUCUGCCCUGGCCUAGCAAACCAUCCUAAUGCCCCUCGACCUCAAUCCUCUGCCGGCGAUGGCAUCGGCGGCGCUCCCAAUGGAUUCGGCACCCCUACCAGUCUUCAUCAGACCAGUAGUUCCAUGAGCAAUGGCAUGCCAACCCAUACCACUCCGAUGCAAGGAAUGAACACCACGCAAACUCCUCAGGGCGUCUCCACCACUCCCCAACGGCAGACUCCAAAACCAGCCAAAAGGCUGCCCCAGACCACGCCUGUUUCGAAUCUUCCUGCGCCACCCCUCGACGAUGUCCAUGCCGCAUUUGUGGAGUUCAGAGCCAAAGAGGAGGAUAAGUGCCUCUCGGUACAAUGCAUCUAUUGCAACCAGAUCCGGGCAAAGAAUACCUCAAGGCAACGCCAGCAUCUGCUAGAGUGCGCGACAUACCUGAAUGUGAUGAAAGAGUCGAUACCAGCGAACAACCUCCUCCACCGUUUCGAUGAAGGCGAUAUCGCUCGAUCAUUGCAGCUACCCACGCCUUCACUUGAGCUCGACUUCCGCAUGAGUAUCAAGGUCAACCCCGGGAUCUCAGUGGGAACAGGACUCUUCGGUCAUCGUGACUGGGUCGGCAUUGUUGGUGGGCAAUGGGCAGGACGAUGGGGCAAGGGUAUUAUCAUUCCUGGAGGGCAAGACAAUCAACUGGUCGUCAAAGACCUCGCGACCCGUAUUGAUGCCACUUACCUCCUGCAGACCAACGACGAGCCACCAGCCUACAUCACCGCAAAAUCCAAGGGUUGGCGCACUGGUCCCAAAGAUGUGCUGGACUCUUUGAACGACCCACAAAUCGCAGACACCAUCGCCGCGAGUCAGUACAAAUUCCGCAUCUCCGUCGAGCUCGAGACUGGCGAUGAGAGGUACGCCUUUCUGAAUACUUGUCUGUGGAUGGGAAGUGGUUGUCGGAGGUCUUCCGAGAUCAUCUUUGAUGCAUACCGAGUCGGCUAGUCCAUCAUCGGUUGAUCGUUCUCAUCUUCCGUGUACCGAACUUGUUGUCUACCUGAUGGACAUGGACAUACGUGAUUCUUUGUUGAUUUUUACGAGCUGUUUGUCACUUUUAGCGCUGUCGGAAUUGCACCUCCUGUUUGUUCGAGGCACUGCACGAGUUCUUCACCCAAGUAUGGCGUUGGCAUGGAAAGGGACAUAUGAUAUGUGACGACUAAGCAGUGACACGACACGCUGUCAGAUAUCCAAGAUAUGGAAGUAUGUUCUCCUACAGAUUUGUAGAGGUAGGACGCACUGGGACG